AUUAUCAUGAGCAGACGUUACAAGGUACUGGAUUCACAUGAGCCGUGUGUUUACAUUAUUUACAGUAGAUUUAUGCAAAAUACGGGUUUGCCUACCGCCGAUCUAUAGCCUACACGUGCAUAGCGAAAGUGACACGAUUUGCGGUCACGCUAACACAUUUAAGUCCUAGAAUUCAUCAGAUGGUUACAUUUCAUUCUUAAAAAAGUGCAUCUUUUAUACUUUAGGGAGUAUGAAUAAUAAAAUGUAUCUAUUACUGAUUUUAUGAGAAAUCAAGGCAGAAAGCCCACGAAAAAUAUAAUAUCUCCUGGUAGUAAAUAGUGGAGCUGCGUCCCGCCUGUGUGGAACAAUCAUCUCCUCCAUAUUCGCGCUAGUCUGUCAGGUGGGCGUGUUUCUGCUUUGCCAUUGGACAAACACUGUUUCCUUUUCUCCCCGGCUUCCGCUUUCUUUUCAUACGCACGCCCAGCCACUGAAUAAUGAUAAUAAUGAUCAAGAUGGCUACUACAGAAUCCUCCUUGCGGUAGCUAACCACCAAUUUCAUGGAAGCUCUCAAAACUGCGAUUUCUUACUGUUUAAGUCCCUCGUAGGUGACGGGGGCCGUACCAGGGAUCGUACUAUAUGGAUUAAAACGGACUGAGAAGAGAUAAAAGUGAUUGUGUUGUCUGGAGCAGUCAUUCCGAGGAAGCUAGCUAGCAGAGCUACUAGCUAGCUGUACUUGUCGACCAUCUCCAGGUUUAGCUCCCCAGCCAGCGGCAGAGGAGCGUGGCGCUCCCCGUUUUGCGUGCCCGGUCGUCGGACGGAGAGCGUCAAAUGGCAGAGCCGAGGAAAGUGCCGUUCGUCACCAUCUCAUCCUUCAACACCUCGCCGCCGACCCCAGAGUCCAGCAAGAAACGCCGCCGCGAAGAUGAGGCCGUCGAUAUCACUUUUGGGAAAGAUGGAGGUGGAAGUGUCGCGGCGGUGGGGUCAGGAGGUUGCGGAGGUCUGUUCGGUAACACGAAAGGAGGCGACGCCGAGACCGGGGAGACGAAACCAACCGUCCGCCUCAACCUCCCGCUGACCGAGCCGAACGACCGAGGGUCCGCCGAGUUCAACUACGGCGAACUGGUCCACUCAACUCUUACUCAGGUAAAGCUUGCAGGUUCAACAGUCCCUAAAGGACUCACUCCUCCCCUGGACCCCAAUGACCCCUUUGCUGAUGAUGAGAGGGAGAGGCGGGAGGUAGAAGAGCUGGCCAAGAAAUUUGAGAACAAAUAUGGUGGCAGCUCUAAGAAGAAGAAAAAGGACAGGAUGCAGGAUCUCAUUGACAUUGGAUAUGGAUAUGAUGAGACUGACCCCUUCAUAGACAAUUCAGAAGCUUAUGAUGAGCUGGUACCAGCGUCUCUGACCACAAAACAUGGAGGCUUCUACAUCAACACAGGCACUCUGCAGUUCAGACCCGCGUCUGACUCUGAGGGAGAGAAUGCAGGCAAAGAAGAUAAUCACUUCAAGAAGAUGAAAGAUGGUGAGGAGCGGGUGAUUAAGAAACGGCGGAAAAAGCAAGAUGGUGGAAUUCUGGAGGAGAAGAAACCCAAGAAGAAUAAAGUACCAAAGCCUGGAGUUUCAGCUCUGAAUGUUCAUCGGCCAGAAAAGAAAAAGAGGAAGAAGCUGAUGAAGGAUUCUCUGCACCUGGCCAACAUGCUGCGCCGCUUCACCAGGGAGAAGGAGGAGAUGCGCAAAAAGAAUCUGGCUGCUGCCGGUCUGCCGCGGCCCAACGCCAAAGUGCCCAACGCCAACAGUGCGCUCCUCAACACUCACCCCAAGGCUGCUGGCAACAAUGACUGCAGCAUGGCCGACCUGAGUGCUGACCCGGCUGUGAUGUCACUGCUGGGUUCAGCCAAUAACGACAUCCUGCAGGACAUGAUGGGUGACCUGGACUUUGGGAUGCUGGACUCCCCUCAGCCCUCCAGUCCAGCACAGGGAGAGAAUGGCUCCUUUGGGAUGGGACAUAAAGCUGGUGGUAGCAGAGUGUCACAGGGUAAUGUGAUGAACCCUCCUCCUCUGCCCAGUGGACUCCCAGGCCCGCUUACAAAGCGCAUCGAAGACCUGAGAGCGGCGUCCCGUCUGUUUGAUGAAGAAGGCAGAAAGAAGUUCUUCACAUUGGAUAUGAACAACAUCCUACUGGAUAUUGAGUUGCAGGUUCAGGAGCAGCCUGCAGAGGUGCGUUCAGCCGUCUACUCUCACCUAGAGGCCUUCGUGCCCUGCAAUAAAGAAGCUCUGCUCAAACGCCUUAAGAAGCUCAGCCUCAACAUACAGGAUGACCGUCUUCGAACACCCCUGCUGAAGCUGAAACUGGCAGUGUGCAGUGUGAUGCCAGAGCAGAUUGCUCGGUACAACAUGGACUGUAUCGCUAAAGUGGCAAAGCAACAGUCUGAGGAGGGAGAGAAAAACGGGUCAGAGGAUGAUGAUGAGGAGAAACCAGGGAAGAGGGUGAUGGGGCCUCGAAAGAAGUUUGUCUGGGACGACAAACUCAGGUCACUGCUGUGUAAUCUGGUGCGGGUGAAGCUGGGCUGCUACGAGCUGGAGGGCAAGAACUCGUUGUCUCUAGAGGACUACCUCAAAGCCUUCAUGGAGACUGAAGUUAAACCUCUCUGGCCUAAGGGCUGGAUGCAGGCCAGGAUGCUGUUCAAAGAAAGCAUCAUGGCUCACGGUCACCUCACAGGCUACACAGCAAAGAAAAAGAUGGUCCCUACUCCUAAGGCCAAGCCAAAGGAGGCUGUUUGGGUUCAGCGGCCCACACCCUCAGCAGGUGCCACUCCCUCCCCUGCUGCCCAGGUUGCCAAGCGACCACCUCAGUCACCGUCUGAGCCUAUAUGUCUCGAUUCCCUUGACGAGGAACUGACAGCUCCCUCCCUGGACUCCAUCUCCCAGGCCCUUGCCAUCCUUGGCAAUGCAGCCAAGGGUCUGGCCCAGGGGGACAGCCCCCCAUCCCCAGAUGGACCCAAGGCAGCCACCAACCCCUCCUCCCUCCACGCCUCGCCACUCAUUCAGCAGCAGAAAAAGAACUCCGUCAGCACUCCCAGUUCCAAUGCACCUCACUACAUCUCUACCUCUUCGUCUUCCUCCACCUCUCUGUCUCGGCCUUCCUCCAUCACGUCCUCUCUGCCCUCAGUGAGGGUGGAUGGGAUGGGGGUUGUCAAGGGCACGCCGCAGGCGCACAGACACUCAGUUUUGAACACUCAGAGACCUUUGGGUGUGGCAAAAGCCAACAUGCCUGCCUCAGCGUCACCACCUAAACCACGCCCACCACCCACCGCGUCUCCACUUGUGCCCCCAGGAUCAAAGACGGGGAUCUCCACUCCCCCGUCUGGCCUCCUCAAAGGCAGCAAUAAUAAUAAAGCCAACAGUGGUGACGCUCUCAUCCUCACAUCGCCUCAGUCUCGGCCACACACCCUUUCAUCACCCUCGCUCAUGACCCCCAAAAUCUUCCAGGCGCCUCGCUUGCCCCACACCCCACAGAGUAAAUCCUCCCCCUCUCCCUCCCUCUCCCAGACGCUCUCUGGAGUUCAGGCCCAGCCCCAGCCUCAGUCUAACUUCAUCACCCCUAUGCACGCCACUCUCACCAAGUCCACACACAGCAGUAUCCCGCCUAUCGUCAAACUCACUCCCCGUACGCCCAACCCUGCUGUCACCACCACCACCUCAGCAUCACCCUCCAUCUCUCAAAGCCCCAGGUCUCAGGCAACCCCCACCAUACAUCAGUACUCUCCCAAAACCCAGGCAGGGUUCCGCCCGCAGUUCUCAGGUGCCCAAGGAGGUGCAACCAAGCCAGGGCAAGGCAGCUACACUCCUCCAGGCAGCCAGAAGACCCCCACCAACAACAGCACCACCAACACCAGCCUUAUUAACACCUCAUCCAUAAGCAAGCAUUCAGGAUCCAGUGCCUCCCCCACAUUGGCCUCUGCCAACCCAGGCCAGCGUCAGAGGCCAGGGAGUGGGACACCUCAGGGGGCCAAGUCUGUCGCGUCUGUUUCAUCACCAUCCGUCUCUUCUCAGUUGCCACAGGUCUCCACAGCAGGUAGCAGCAGUCUGCUCGGCUCAGCUUCCUCUCUUCCCCUGGGGUUUGGGAUGCUGGGGGGCCUGGUCCCCGUGUCCUUCCAGUUCCCCCCGCUGCUAAACCUGCCUCCUCUGGGUACAACAGGCUCCAGUACGGCAGCCAGCGGCUCCGCAGCCAGUAGCAAUGCAUCAUUCUCUACCCUGACUCAGAAUCUGUAUAAGAGUCUCCAGUCAGGGUCUCAGGUUGCUCUGCCUCCUCACUUGCAGCUCGCUUUCUCAGAUGUCAGUCAAAGCCAGGGAGGAGAUGCUAAGAGGAAGACUCUAUGAUACAGCUGGAUUUCUCCACCCAGUGGAUGCUGUUCACAUGACGGGAUGUUGGGACAAAUCAGGAUGGAACGUGGCUUUGGGUAUCAGAUGGACAAAUCACUGAUAACAGGAGUCUGAAAAACAGACUGGGCUACAUUUAGGAUACUUGACCUGAGAAGAUCAGCUCAAGUUUUCAUGAAUACAGCAGUUAAAUAUAACUUUUUUAAAAACAAUUUGAUAAGUUUUAAAUACUAUCCUUCAUAGAAUUGUUAAAUGACAAAUACUGUUUGUCAAUGUUUACAAGAUAGACCUAUAUCACUGUGGACAGGGAGAAGGAAUGAAUGGGUUUUUUAGGUGAGUGAGUGUGUUUGUGUGAGCGUGCGCGAGUGUCUGAAUGUGUUUGGGUGGUGUGCCUUUGUAUGUCUCCCUCUCUGAUGCAUGGUCAGUGUCUAUUUGGUGCUGUUUUUAUCAUAAUGUAAUUAUCACUGAUACCUGUAAGAAAUGUAAUCUGCAAAUUGAUGAAUUUCAGCUUUUUUUCCAAUGAAAGAUGUACACUUUUUCAUUGUAUUUGAAUUCUUGAAUGAAUUCGUUUCUGUACAGAUCUUAAACCUACUUUUAAUUAAAAUCUU